UGAACAGCCCUAGGGGUGGGCCCCUCUUUUGUAAAGGAAACUUGAUCUGCAAUCCUGGUAUCAGUUUGAUUAUUGAGGAGAUUGUGGGGACAGCAUCAAAACUAUCUUCUCUUCUUUGUCCUAACAUGGGUAAGGCAUGGCUUUCUUAUGCCUCUUGGUGUUACAGUCAGGCUAGAAACUCCCUUUCCAAACCACAAGAUGCUACUCUUCAGUUGUGCUCUUUUUCUCCUGUUCUUUUUCUAGAAAUUCUACCUAAUAGGUUCCAAUUAAUUAAAGAAGAGGUAUUUACAGUGGAAAGUACUAUCAUAGAACUUCUGGAGAAAAGGGAAGAUGCAAACAAAGAAGGGGGAGAGUGGAUUAUAUGUCCCAAUUCUGGAGAGGAUUUAAGAAAUGAGAACCCUGUAAAGGCUUUGGUUCAUCAAGCAAUAAAUAUGAUUGAGGCUGCAGCUGGAGUACCUAGAGUUGAAAAUUUGGAUGGUGAAUGCCCUUCUGCUGUGCUAACUUCUCAGUUGCGGGUGCUCUUCCUUCAUGCAAAUUUUGGCCUAGAGGAAGCCAACAUUCUAUCUUCUGUUAAUGAAUUAGUAGCUGUCUAGUGGUCACUUAGGCAGAGGAGAGUUUCACUCUUUGGACAUGCAGCUCAUGGUUUUAUGCAAUACCUUUCACCUUCAUCCUCCUUACUUUUUGAAGGUCACCUAGCUGGCUCUGAUCCUGAUUUUCUAAAUAUGGCUGAAAAAUUAAUGAAACUGAUAUUCUCCACUUUCAAUUGAGCCUCUCCAUCUCUGUCACACGCACAGACAGACAGAGAGUCCAAACCUGAAUGAAGUUGGAUAUAAUUAUUUUUCCAUCUUCAAUGUGUGGCUGCACAAUUUGCUUGAAGGUCUGAUGACUUAUCCUGAUGGCCUGAGAAAGUCUCUUGCUUCUCACAGUAAAAGGUUUG